AUGGUGGUUUUGAAGACUCAAAUGGCUUUCAAGAGGUCGAUUAUACCGACAAUGAAGGAAAACACGACCGUUGAGCAAUUGCUGGAUACUCUAAACUCCCUGCAUGAACAUUUAUCAUCUCUGAAACAAGAAGCCCUUGACGUGUCAUCGAUUGAUAAAUAUCGAGCCGAACUCAUGGACCGGAGGAUUUUCAAAAAUAAGGAUGCGGGCGUGCGGACUCUUUGUGCUUGCUGUUUGAGUGACAUUCUGAGACUUUAUGCGCCUCAUGCUCCUUACACAGGAGAGGAGCUCCGGGCCAUCUUUCAGCUGUUUUUCAGUCAGUUUCGGCUUCUGAAAGAGCCUGAUAAUGGAUACCAUGCGCAGCAGAUAUUUUUGGCUACGAAUUUGUUGGAAUUUAGGUCCAUUGUUCUUCUCACACACGUUCCUAAAUGUGACGCCUUGAUCGAUGAGCUUUUUGAAAUUUUCCUUCCAAAAGAAGGAGCCGCUUUUCCUGAACGUUUGUAUAAGCUGGCGGCGGGACUAUUGGGCGAAAUUAUCUCAGAAUGCGAUGCACUUCCUACUUCUGCUCUCAAGAGAGUAUUUAACAGAAUUCUUUCUCAUUCUGCCAAUGCCUCCCUUGCCAAGGCUCCGCCCAAAAAAGAUGCAGGUUUUGAAAUUAGCCUAAUCAUCUGUGAGACGUACUCCAACAGGCUUGGAAGGCAUUUCAUAAAGCUAUAUUCCGAAAUCAUGUAUGAGCUUUUAGACACGCGUGGGGAAAAUGGAGCAGAACUCGACAAUGGUGGACGACACGGAAAGGGUUACAGUAAGCUGUCAAAACUCAAUCGCCUAACUUCCCUUUUAUGGAUUUAUGCACCAGAACUUGUAUCUUCGGUACUGGGCUUCGUAAAUCAGAUGCUUUGUUCGGACAAUGAGCUUUUGCGCGAAUCGGCAACAGACUGCGUUGGUCGAAUGUUGGCCACUACCCAAUCGCAGAACUUUGUGGUGGCUCAUAAGGAGACAUAUAAAAUUUGGUUAAGCAAAAUGGCAGACAUUUCUGCCAACGUCAGAGUGGCUUGGCUGUCCGAGAUUUCAUCCAUUUUGCAGGUCAGAAGUGAUAUCUCCGACGAUAUCUCUAAAGGGCUCUCCAAAACGCUCAUCGACUCUGAUCAUGUCGUUCGCUUAGCCGCUGUUGAAUCACUGGCUGCUCUUAACGUCACAGUUAUUUGGGCCAUACCUUCCAUGUCAAAAGUUAUCUCAGCUCUACUACAUUUGGUAAGAGAAACCAGACGAGACGUCAGAGAGAAAUGCCUUGAAACUGUCACCGAGCUUUAUGUUCAGUCGAUGCAGCAGGAAAACAAAGUGCAAAGUCAGGACCUUCAAACUGUUGUCAAAACUAUACCGUCAGUUAUUUUGCACUUGUAUUACAUCAACGAUCCUAAUAUCAAUGCUCAGGUCGAUAUGGUCUUAUUCGAAAAGCUGUUACCACUAACGCUUAGCAGUGAGCUUCUGGUCGAGCGCCUUCUAAACAUGGUACACGAUUUAGAUAAAAAGGCGUUGAGCUCUUUUUAUGCCUUUAACAAGAGGCAAUUGCAAAUGUCAGCUGCGUUGCAGCAAUACAUUCAACUGUGUGAGAAAACUAACAUGCCAGAAGGUGAAAAAGUAUCAAAAACGCUAGAAGAUCGUUUUCAAAAGAUUAUUCAAUGGUUAAGCUUUGGCUUUCCAGACCAGUACGAUGUCAAAGGCGUUCUGCAGUUGUUCAGAAACUUGAAUAACAGACGGCUUUACUUUUUGGUGAGCGUAAUUAUAGCAGAUGACUCGAAUUAUUCAAAACUGAGGAACGCGUAUCAAGAAUUCAUAAGACGGCUUGGGGAUGGGCAGGCUCUUUCCAGCCAUAGCGACGAAGCUGAAACUGACGACAUGGGGGAAGAGACAUUGAUGGUCUUCAAAAUCAUUCUCUAUCGAUCUGCUCCAUUUAUCUAUAACGUUAGCAACGUACCGUUGCUACUGAGAGCUUCUAUAAACACCGACCUUGCAAAUAGCCUUGUUGCAAAGAAGCUAAUUGAUCAAAUUUCUGAAGCUAAGCCUGAUAUUCUCGAGGGACAGAAGAAAGAAUUGAUUAUUAUAAUCGAGAAUGGGAGAACCACCCAAGAUGAAAAAGCACUUCCUGUGGGCGAUGCUUUGCGCACGGUUUACAAAAUUGAAAAAUCCCAGCAAGAACGUCGUGCCCAAUAUGAGGAUAAGUUCUUUGAUUUAUUAAUUGACUACACCGUGAAUGGAUCACUAAUUGAGGCAAAAUACGCUGUAAAACUUUUAAGUCUGUUUCCGUCGAAGGAGUUUUGUCUGGAAAAAGUAAGAGUCAAAAUUCUGCCCUUGAACUCUGCAUCUAAAGAUUUUGCGAAACAGGUUCUCGUUCUUUCUGAGAUAUUCAAAUUUGCUCCUCACUUACUUGACGAGAACUCCACUGAUAUAGUGAGCUAUUUGAUAAAGGAGACCUUAUUGGCGAACAAUGUCGAAGAAAGGCCGGUUGACAAUGUCGGAUGGAUCAGCGAUGAGAAUAUCAUGGACGGAGAGUGUGACGCUCUGGCCGCAAAAAUCUUUUCCUUGAAGCUCUUCACAAAUAAAUUAAGGGCGAUUGCGGGUCUUGUAGAUGAAGAUGAAUUGGCAAAUGUUUUUACUCAAAAGACCAUAAAGCUUUUUGUCUACAUAAUCGCUGGGGGCGGUGAAUUGAUUCCUGAAGAUAGUGAGUAUUUUCCUACCCCGCCGGAUUUUCAGACGAGAUUAAGAUGUAGCGCGGGUCUUCAGGUACUUAAGUUGGCCAAAAUUCCUGCAUUGAGCCACUUAAUCAAAUCCGAGUACAUUUCCAAGCUCGUAAAUCUUGUUGAGGACGAGUCACUCAAAGUGCGCUCUGAAUUUCUCGAGAAACUCAAAGAUUUCCUAGGUAGAGAGGAAAUUUCCAUCAAGUUUUUACCACUUAUCUUUUUCACCGCCUAUGAGCCCAAUGCAGAUCUGAAGGCCACCAUAAAGACCUGGAUAAAUUUCAUGUUCGACAAUGUAAAGGCCAAAACAACCACAACAAGUACAAAAUUUGAGCGAGCUUUACCACGAUUUAUACAUUCCAUUGCUCAUCAUCCAGAUAUCGUAAACGGCCUUGAAGCAGAAGGAAAAGCAACCCUUGAUAGCUUGACUACAGCAGUGGAUUACCUCAUUUUCUAUUUCGAUUCUAUUGCAAAUGCGUCCAAUUUAAGUUUGCUGUAUUACUUCUCCGCAAGAGUUAAGCAAUAUCAAGAUGCACUAGAAGACGAAAUUCCUUCAGAAGGCUUAUAUGAUUCCGAGUCUAAUUUUCCAAAAAGUCUAAACGUUUACGUGAUAGCCGAACUAUCUCAGCUCGUCUUGAAUCAACUCAGUGAGCAGAAAAAUUGGUCCAUCGCUGCUCACCCUGCAAAUCUUAACUUACCUGGUGAUAUAUUUAAACCUUUCGACACCAUCGACAAAGCACGACAAAACGCCUUCGAGACAUAUCUAACACAAGAGCAGACCUCGAUAAUGCGUAAAACAAUCGAGAUGAAAUUGGGACGGCUAUCAAAAAAAUCUCAAACUGUCAAGCAGCAAGUACAAAAGAGGAAAUUGGACGACGAAUACAAGGGAUCUAAGCGAAAGGUAAUCACAGGAGUACACCAAGACUCGAACGUCAAAUCUUUGAGAAGUGCGACUUCGUUCGAUGAUGUGUACGUACCCCCAACUUCUUCCAAGGAGAGUCGCAACGUAUUGAGAAAAAGCUCACGGCAGAAAAAGAAUGUAAAUUACGAUGACGGCGAAAGUGAUGAUGAAUACUAA